GGCAGUAUCGGAGCUGCAGCGAGUGCCUGGGCUCGGGCGAUCCCCACUGCGGCUGGUGUGUGCUCCACAACACGUGCACCCGGAAGGAGCGGUGUGAGCGGUCCAGGGAGCCCCGCAGGUUUGCUUCAGAGAUGAAGCAGUGUGUCCGGCUGACGGUCCACCCCAACAACAUCUCCGUCUCUCAGUACAGUGUGCCGCUGGUCCUGGAGACAUACAAUGUCCCGGAGCUGUCAGCCGGUGUCAACUGCACCUUUGAGGACCUGUCGGAGAUGGAUGGGCUGGUCAUAGGCAAUCAGAUCCAGUGCUACUCCCCAGCAGCCAAGGAGGUGCCCCAGAUCAUCACAGAGAAUGGGGACCACCAUGUCGUCCAGUUGCAGCUCAAGUCCAAGGAGACAGGCAUGACCUUUGCCAGCACCAGCUUUGUCUUCUACAACUGCAGCGUCCACAAUUCGUGCCUGUCCUGCGUGGAGAGCCCAUACCGCUGCCACUGGUGUAAAUACCGGCACGUCUGCACCCAUGACCCCAAGACCUGCUCCUUCCAGGAAGGCCGUGUGAAGCUGCCCGAGGACUGUCCCCAGCUUCUGCGCGUGGACAAGAUCCUGGUGCCUGUGGAGGUGAUCAAGCCCAUCACUCUGAAGGCCAAGAACCUCCCCCAGCCCCAGUCGGGGCAGCGUGGCUACGAAUGCAUCCUCAACAUCCAGGGCGGCGAGCAGCGAGUGCCCGCGCUGCGAUUCAACAGCUCUAGCGUGCAGUGCCAGAACACCUCUUAUUCCUACGAGGGGAUGGAGAUCAACAACCUGCCAGUGGAGCUGACAGUCGUGUGGAACGGGCACUUCAGCAUUGACAACCCCGCUCAGAAUAGAGUCCACCUCUACAAGUGCGGAGCCAGGCGCGAGAGCUGCGGGCUGUGCCUCAAGGCCGACCCCGACUUUGAGUGUGGCUGGUGCCAGGGCCCAGGCCAGUGCACCCUGCGCCAGCACUGCCCUGCCCAUGAGAGCCGGUGGCUGGAGCUGUCCAGUGCCAACAGCAAGUGCACAAACCCCCGCAUCACAGAGAUAAUCCCAGUGACAGGUCCCCGGGAGGGGGGCACUAAGGUCACCAUCCGAGGGGAGAACCUGGGCCUGGAAUUCCGGGACAUUGCCUCCCACGUGAAGGUGGCUGGCGUGGAGUGCAGCCCUUUGGUGGAUGGCUACAUCCCUGCGGAACAGAUUGUGUGUGAGAUGGGAGAGGCCAAGCCCAGCCAGCACGCAGGCUUCGUGGAGAUCUGCGUGGCCGUCUGUCGGCCCGAGUUCAUGGCCCGGUCCUCGCAGCUCUAUUACUUCAUGACACUGACCCUUUCAGACCUGAAGCCCAGCCGGGGACCCAUGUCCGGGGGCACCCAGGUGACUAUCACGGGUGCCAACCUGAAUGCUGGCAGCAAUGUGGUGGUGAUGUUCGGGAAGCAGCCCUGCCUCUUCCACAGGCGAUCUCCUUCCUACAUCGUCUGCAACACCACGUCCUCAGAGGAGGUGCUGGAGAUGAAGGUGACAGUGCAGGUGGACAGGGCCAAGAUCCACCAGGACCUGGUCUUCCAGUACGUGGAGGACCCUACCAUCGUGCGCAUCGAGCCAGAGUGGAGCAUCGUCAGUGGAAACACGCCCAUUGCUGUAUGGGGUACCCACCUCGACCUCAUCCAGAACCCCCAGAUCCGUGCCAAGCAUGGAGGAAAGGAGCACAUCAACAUCUGUGAGGUCCUGAAUGCUACUGAGAUGACCUGUCAGGCGCCAGCCCUCGCUCUGGGUCCUGAACACCAGUCAGACCUGACCGAGAGGCCUGAGGAGUUUGGCUUCAUCCUGGACAAUGUCCAGUCCCUGCUAAUCCUCAACAAGACCAACUUCACCUACUAUCCCAACCCUGUGUUUGAGGCCUUUGGUCCCUCAGGGAUCCUGGAGCUCAAGCCAGGCACGCCCAUCAUCCUAAAGGGCAAGAACCUGAUCCCACCCGUGGCCGGGGGCAAUAUGAAGCUGAACUACACCGUGCUGGUCGGGGAGAAGCCAUGCACUGUGACCGUGUCAGAUGUGCAGCUGCUCUGCGAGUCCCCCAAUCUCAUCGGCAGGCACAAAGUGAUGGCCCGUGUCGGUGGCAUGGAGUACUCUCCAGGCAUGGUGUACAUCGCUCCGGACAGCCCGCUCAGCCUGCCCGCCAUCGUCAGCAUCGCAGUGGCCGGUGGCCUCCUCAUCAUCUUCAUCGUGGCCGUGCUCAUCGCCUACAAACGCAAGUCCCGUGAGAGCGACCUCACGCUCAAGCGGCUACAGAUGCAGAUGGACAACCUGGAGUCCCGCGUGGCCCUGGAGUGCAAGGAAGCUUUUGCCGAGCUGCAGACAGACAUCCAUGAGUUGACCAGUGACCUGGACGGAGCCGGGAUUCCCUUUCUGGAUUACAGAACCUACACCAUGCGGGUGCUGUUCCCGGGAACUGAAGACCACCCUGUCCUCCGGGACCUCGAGGUCCCUGGCUACCGACAGGAGCGUGUGGAAAAAGGGCUGAAGCUCUUUGCGCAGCUGAUCAACAACAAGGUGUUCCUGCUGUCCUUCAUCCGCACACUCGAGUCCCAGCGCAGCUUCUCCAUGCGCGACCGUGGCAACGUGGCCUCGCUCAUCAUGACUGUGCUGCAGAGCAAGCUCGAGUACGCCACUGACGUGCUGAAGCAGCUGCUGGCCGACCUCAUCGACAAGAACCUGGAGAGCAAGAACCACCCCAAGCUACUGCUCAGGAGGACUGAGUCAGUGGCUGAGAAGAUGUUGACCAAUUGGUUCACUUUCCUCCUCUACAAGUUCCUCAAGGAGUGUGCUGGAGAGCCCCUUUUCUCCCUGUUCUGUGCCAUCAAGCAGCAGAUGGAGAAGGGCCCCAUCGACGCCAUCACGGGGGAGGCCCGCUACUCCCUGAGUGAGGACAAGCUCAUCCGCCAGCAGAUCGACUACAAAACCCUGGUCCUGAGCUGUGUCAGCCCAGACAAUGUCAACAGCCCCGAGGUCCCAGUGAAGAUCCUCAACUGCGACACCAUCACUCAGGUCAAGGAGAAGAUUCUGGAUGCCAUCUUUAAGAAUGUACCCUGCUCCCACCGGCCCAAGGCUGCAGAUAUGGACCUGGAGGAGAAUCUGCAGCUCCGAGAGACACAGUGCCUGGGCCCGGGUCACACAGCAGGGAGGUAGAGAGAACACCCAUCCCUCGCACACAGCCUCCUUCCAGACCGGUUUCUUCUCCCCUCCGCAACUGCCUGUGACCUCCAGUGAUUCCUCUAGUUU